AUCAUCCAUAACUUCAUUAAUUAGCCAUUUGGAAGGUGAAGACAGAUGAUCAGUACUAUGAAAACUUUUACAGCUAUGAUUGUUCUUGGCUGCCUGCUUGCAGAGGUGAAAAGCCAGGCUAGUGCUCCAAAGGGCAGGUGUUUUUGUGCUGACAAAGGUGUAAACAUGGUUUCUCCAAAACUGAUUGAGAAGGUUGAAAUCAUACCACCAAGUCCCUCUUGCAAAAACCACGAAAUUGUUGUUACUUUAAAAAAUGGUAAAGAGCAGAAAUGCUUAAAACCCGAAUCUAAAUUCACUCAAAAAUACAUCAUGAGGGCUCUUAAAAAGAGGAGCCUGCAGAAGGAAGUUUGAAAUAUGAAUCCAGAUGAGCUAUUGCUAAGGGAAGUUCACAUGAUAUUAACAUCAACCAACAUCCUUAUGACAAGAGUUGAACUGAAAAUAUUUAGAUUACUUUUUUAGAAUUCUUAAUGCACGUUAAUGUUUCAUAAUGUUCAUCAUUUUUUAGCUGAUAAACAUCAUCAUUAAUCACGGUCGUAUUUUAAAAUAGUAAUGCAAAACUUGAUUACAGCUUCUAUGACAUUUCAGUAUUUUUAUGAUCAUUCUAAUAUGUGAAAUAAACAAAAUAAUCAAAGCA